GAGCCCAGGGACCGCCGCGGGAGCUUUCCCUCGACGUUCCGGCCGUGGACCGGGAACCCGGACGACUGGGCGCAGGCGGAGAUGGCCACGGCGAACCGCACGGCCAGGCGCGCGGGCCUGACGACGCAGGUGAGCCAGAUCCGCCGGCUCAGUGUCGCCUCGGACAACCCGCAGGACGCGGCGGGGCGCGGGCCGCUGCGGCAGUCGCGCAGCAACCUGGGCGUGGUCUGGAGGCGCCAGGCGCGGCGGAGGGCGCUGCGGCGAGGCGCUGGCACCCGCAACGGCUACCUGGCGGUUGCGCGGGGCUCGCCCUCGGCGGCGGCACAG